ACUUGGCCGGCUGAUGAAUAGCGUUCAGUUCGCGCUUAUUACUUGCCGCACUAACUUGCUUAGUAUAUUCUUGGAUAUUUUACAAACUGAUGACAGUUUUCAGUGAGUUUUUACGUGACACCUUAAACACGAACGUUAAUUAAUUUAAAGAUUUUCCAAGAUUCGACAUUAUGAAAGUUGAAAGUGCCAAGAUAGCCAUACCGCUCUUGGGGGUGCUUUUGUGGGUGCUCUCGAUACAUGCCGGUAUAUUUUCUGAUGCCGGCACUUUGUAUUUACGUUUACCAUUCCACGGUGGGCCCAUUAAUAAAAAUGCCAUCUCUUCAACGGCCAACAAGCCAGAGGUCCUUAACAUCCUCAACAAAAUCACCGUAGGAGACCUAAACGACACCGUCAAUUUUGCGGAAAAUGUGAUCAGAUUCUUAAAGAGACUGGAAAACAACCUGCUCUGGUCCAACAUAAAAGUGUCCGAUGGUACUCCCUCUCAUGGUAUGCUGAUCUCAUUUGGUCCGGAUAAGGAGGCUUUGGACCGAGGCAAAGAGGCUCUAAUAGCACUUAGGGCCACCAGUCAACUAAUGAACACUUACUGCGGCAAGCUUUCGAAAGCUAGCGGGCACACAAUGUCUUCGCAAGAAUGCUCAAAAUUAUUAUCCCGAUUCAGCUUUCACGGGACCCCAUUGGAGGGCGCCUGUAUCGCACUGGAAUCUCCUUGCGAAAAAGGACAGUAUCAGUCAGAUUAUAGGAGUAUCAAUGGCAGCUGUAAUAAUUUGAACAAAGGGCAUAGAGGAGAAUCUUUUACAGGGUAUUCGAGGCUGCUUUACGCAGAUUAUUCAGAUGGAGUCCACGAGCUGCGUAGAUCCGUAACUAAAAAACCGUUACCCAAUGCCAGAACUAUCGUCAGUUCUCUGAUAAAAACCGACAAUAAGCCUUCCAAGAAAGCCACGUUGGCCUUAUUGCAGUGGUCUCAGUUUUUGGAGCAUGAUUUGUGUAGAUCUGCUACUGCCGUUGCCAUUCACACGGACAGUCCAAUCGAGUGUUGCAGCCAAGAAGGCGACAAUCUAUCGCCCCGAUUCAUGCAUCCCCUCUGCUCCCCCAUAUACGUUUACGACGACAAAAAAUACGCUCAAGAGGGCGUCAGUUGUUUGAGUUUCGUCCGAUCCUUACCGGCCACCCGGGCAGAUUGUAGCUUCGGACCGGCAGAUCAAGUUAACCAGGCUACCCAUUACUUGGACGGCUCGCAAAUCUACGGAUCCACCCACAGAAGAUCCAAACAAUUACGCUCAUUUAACGGUGGCAAACUGGCAACGUCACAGUCCGAAUCGAGAGAAUACCUGCCAUUGUCGAGAGACCCCACCCGCGACUGUCAACUGUUCUCAGCGAAUUCGACGUGUUUCGAGAGCGGAGAUGCGAGGGUCAAUUUUCAACCCCAACUGGCCCUGAUGCACACCAUCUGGUAUCGGGAGCACAACCGUAUCGCCGACGAAUUAUCCAAGUUGAACUCGCACUGGGACGACGAGAAGAUUUUCCAAGAGACCAGACGAAUCGUGAUCGCGGAAAUGCAGAAAAUCACUUACGGAGAGUGGAUGGAGAUGGCGUUGGGUAAAACCGCUCAAGAACACAUCCUGGCUACCAGUUACAACUCGAAAACCGACUCGUCCGUAUCCAACGCUUUCGCCACGUCAGUAAUGCGCUCCCUAAAAUCCCUUUCUGACGGGAUGCCGAAGUUGUACGACGAAGAUCGAACUGUCAACGAGUCGAUUUUCAUGCGCAACUACUUUCAUAAUCCGGGCUUGUUACGUCACCGGGGGGUGUUGGACGCGUUGACGGUGGGAUUGGCCACGCAGCCCAGUCAACAGUUGGACAUUUUUUAUGCGGACGAUUUAAUCAACAAGUUGUAUACCAACGGCAAGUUUGGAUUUGACGUGCUCAGUUUCGACUUGCAAAGAGGAAGGGAUCACGGGCUGCCCAGUUACAUGAAGUUUAGGCAGUUGUGCGGCCUUAAGGCGGCUAACGGGUUCAGCGAUUUUUUGGAUGAUAUGACGGAAGAGGAUGUUCUUGCUUUACAACAAGUGUAUUCGAAUGCCCAAGACGUGGACUUAACAAUAGGCGGUUUAUUGGAGAAACCAAAGGAGCACAGCAUUUUUGGACCGACAUUUUAUUGUAUAGUCGCCGACCAGAUGCUUAGAACUAGACAAGGCGACAGAUAUUUCUAUGAUAACUACGCCCAACCAAAACCUUUCACCAGAAAUCAACUAAAAGAAAUCGAGAAAAUCACGUUGGCCAGAAUACUUUGCGAUAACACCGACAACGUAAAACAUAUGCAAAAACGCGUUUUCGAAAAAGUCAGCACAAGUAAUCCGCUGUUCGAGUGCCAAUCCGAGGCUUCCAUCCCGAAACUGAACCUCAACCACUGGCAAGAAGACGAGUCCAACUCGGUGGUGUCAUUUUAAAAGAAAAAAAACCGAAUCUACAGGGUCCCCCAUAAGACUGAUUAAUUCUUAAUGGCUGUUUAGUUUAUGUAUUUUGUAUAUAAUAAGUAUUGUACGUACCUAAUAUUCAAUGCAACACGAAUAACUUGAGCUAUAUUAGUUCAAGUCAUUGGUUUCUAUUGUACUUAUAUGUUUAUUGUACUUAGUUUAUGACGGUUCUCUGAAUAAUAAAAGAGUUUAUUAACUAA